UCGACUCCGGCGCAACGCGCAUGCGCAGCAGUCUGCCACAACGCUGAUCGGUCUUCCUCUUGUCCUUAUGAUAAACGCAUCCUUAAGAACUAACAGAAAAUAAAGUGUUAUUAAAAAGUGAUGUUAAAACAAUUCUCAUUCAUAACUGCUGGAUUUUCAUUCAUCUGAGGUACUCUCACAUAUCUAGUGCUGUAAACAAAAGACAAAAAUGACAUGGGUUUUUUGUUUCUAAAAUCAGUCAAAAUGUUUUUCAUGACCAAUAGAACGAUGUUCGUAACGACAGUUUUAGUGUUAUUUAGUGUUGUGGGUGCGAAUGUGAACUCUUCCGCUAGUGAUGUGUCGGUGCCCAAAUCUAGGAUGUGGUGGCUUAAGACGCUGUUGGACCAUCACUACUGGAUGGACGUAGUUAAUAACACGUCACUGCCGAAGAACUGUGAGGAAGACCUGAAGAACUACCUCCAAGCCCUUGAGAAUGGAGAGCUAUGGGCUUCUAAGAUGUACGAUGCAUCUGGGCAGUACCUUCACAACGUGCUAUUCGGCAACGACUUCUGGACGGGCUCCAUCAACGCGUGCCGCGACCUGCAGCUCAAACAAUACUACGACCACACGCCGCCCUUCGACGCCUCCUUCUUCGUGGCCAGGAUCAACAUCAGUCUGGACGGGGAUCAUCUGCCGCAAGGAAGGUCGUCGCUGAUCGGAGAAUGCCUGCCCGCGUCCUGCAGUCCGGAAGCCGUGGCUGCCUUCCUGACGGCAGCGGAGCGAGCGGCGACCGCGCGGGCCUCCGUCGCCGGCCUCCAGGGCUCCAUACAAACCUUCAAUGUGCGACAAGUUCCUGGAAAAUACCACUUAUUGGCCGACACCAAAUUUUACGUUCUGGCAUCAACACUUGGCCUUGUGUUGCUGCUGAUGUUGACCGCGUCCAUGUACGAGGGCUACCUGGAGAGGAGGUACCAGCUGAAGUUGGCGAGAGACCUCGAGCGGGCCCGCGAAGAAACUCACAAACCUCCCAAUAACAAUGUGCCGGCCGAUGAGAAGCGGACCGGCGAACACAACAAAGACCUGCGGCGGGAAACUUAUGGAACGUUGGCUGAAUUGCUUCUAUCGUUUUCUAUACUGUCCAAUGGAAGAACUAUAUUGAGCACGCAAGCAGCUAGUGAUGGAGCUUUGACGAGCCUUCAUGGUAUAAGGUUUUUGUCUGUUACCUGGGUAAUCAUGGUCCAUACAUACCUGACUGUGUUCUACAUAGCGGACAACAAGACAAUGAGAAUCGUGACAGAACGGAACCUGAUGUACCAGUCGGUCGGCAAUGCCUCGUACUGUGUCGAUUCAUUCUUCUUUAUCAGUGGACUACUCGUAACAGUGCUCUUCCUUCGAACAGAAGACAAAAAAGCAAAGAAACGGUCUGACAAACAAGAACCAAACAAACACUUGAACGGCUAUUCCAAUUCAGCGCUCUCAAUUUCUGUUAUAAGCCAACAGUCAUUCAAAGAAGAUUUAUUAGAUAAACCGAAAACUAAAGUAUACACUGCAAGAGAGAUAAUUAAUAUGGUUCGAUCAUUUUUCGUGUUAUUCACAUAUCGGAUUGUGCGAUUAACACCAGCAUACGCCUUUGUAUUAUGGCUGACACAGAUAAUAUUCACAUAUGUCCAUAAUCAAGCCGUUUUUGAGCCCGCAGUCAUCGAUCACCUUACCUGCGAACAGUAUUGGUGGAGAAAUCUUCUGUAUAUCAACAAUUUUUACCCGCAAAAAGAAAUUUGCAUGGUUUGGUCUUGGUACAUGGCCAACGAUACUCAGUUUUACGUCGUUGGUAUAAUCAUUCUUCUUUUAUCAGUAAAGUACCCAAAAUUCGCUGGAGUUACUCUCGGCUUAGUCCUAGUCAGCUCCUGGGCUACUACUAUUUAUAUUUCGGUAUGGCAUCAAUACAAAGCUCGCAUUCAAGAGCCCUUCGAAAUGUUCGACGCUUUGUAUGAUAAGCCAUGGUCCAGGAUUGGUCCAUAUUUAGUGGGUAUGAUGGUGGGCUGGUACCUACACAAAACGAAGUGCCAAGUGAAGAUCCCAUACUGGCUGGUGGCGGUGGGCUGGAUCUCCUCUCUGGCCAUCAUCGGGAGUCUGAUCUUCGGCAUGGUGGACGGAUACUUUGAAGUCUGGCCGACCGCUUUGUACGUCAGUGUUGGCCAUACAGCUUGGGGCGUGGCUUUGGCAUGGGUGUCCAUCGCGUGCUGCUGCGGCUACGGCGGCCUCAUCAACUCCUUCCUGUCGUACCGCGGGCUGCUGCCUCUGAGCCGCCUGACGUACUGCGCCUACCUCAUACAUCCCACCAUAAUGGUCUAUACAUCCUUCCACCUCGAUGGGCCGUUCCAUUUGCAGAACUCCAUAGUUUUGAUCGUGUAUGCGGGCUACGCUGUGAUGGCCUUCUUAGCUUCUUUCGCUGUGUCGAUAGCCUUCGAGGCGCCGGCCGUGCGGAUCCUGAAGAUCAUGAGCGGAGGCCUCAGAAGACCUAAGAAAUAAUUCACUUUCAUAGAAAUCGGAAUUAUAUAAAACUACAGUAAAAUAUUAGACUAAAGAAAUGGUACGUACGUCGCAAUUGACCCUUGUGAUACCAUAAAUUUCAUCUUGCAUCACAUUUCUGUAAUUAAUUUGACAGCUUUACAAGUGCGCAGUAAAUUUCGAUAUUUCGAUAUAUUAGCAAUACAUUACGAUGACAGAUUAAAGUUUGAAGGUAUACUUUCGAAUACAUACUACUAUAGUUGCCAGUUAUAAUAUCACAUUUCUUUUGUGUUUUAUUGUUCUAAUUUCUAUGUUAACCAUACACAAUGUACCUUUUUACGAUAACUAUUUUAAGAUAGGUAUUUUCUUUGAUUUUAUUUCUCGUUUCAUUUGCAAUAAGUAGUAUACAUUUUAGUAAAGCUCAGUUAAAAAUAGAAAAUCUUUAUUAAGUGCGAUCGCCUUAAAAGAGAAAGAAAGAAAAAAUAUAUAUAUUAAGCCGUGUGGUGCCCGGCACCAAUAGAAAAAAGAAUAGGACCACUCCAUUUCGCUCCCAUGGAUGUCGUAAAAGGCGACUAAGGGCUAGGCUUAUAAACUUGGGAUUCUUCUUUUAGGCGAUGGGCUAGCAACCUGUCACUAUUUGAAUCUCAAUUCUAUCAUUAAGCCAAAUAGCUGAACGUGCCCAUUCAGUCUUUUCAAGACUGUUGGCUCUGUCUACCCCGCAAGGGAUAUAGACGUGACCAUAUGUAUGUAUAAGAAAAUAUAUCGACAUUAAUCUUCAAAAGCUAUUGAAAUAAGUUUUAUAAAACUCACUUAAGUAAGUUUAAAUUAACACUGUUAGCAAUCGGCCUAUGCCCCUGGAGUUCGUUUCUUUAUUGUCUGUUUGUCACUUCUUCCUCAGCCUUUUCCUGUCACCUCAUUCAUUAUUAAAAUUAUUAAUAGGCUUCUAAUCUAAGCGUACAAAGUUUGCUAGUAAUGCUACAGUGUAUAUCAAAUUGGAAGUAAAUUAUCAUGCAAAUCGCAAUUCCUUUCGAAAGCACUAUAAAAUGUGCUGCGAAUUAUCGAAAAGGUUUUACUUUGAAUGAAUGUGAUUUUUCAUAUCCAUUUCCGAAUAA